CUCCUCGACACUGUUCAGGAUCCUGACCUUUUCCUCGAAAUGGAGACUAUUGUUCGACGCUGCCCAUUCUUGUCAAGAGUACCCCAAACCUUCCUCCAGAAGGCUGGCAAAUCUCUGCUCUUCUACGCGCAGAAUUGCCCCAAAAUGAUGGAGAUUGGAUCCAAACCUGCUUCUCGGGCUAUGACCACUUCACCAACUCACUUCCAACAAGUAAAAGAAACCCCUCCAGCCAAUGAGAAGGACAAAACUUCCAAAACUGUGGUCCAGCAUGCUGAUGAUUCUCAGCAGACCACUGGUGGAUCCCAGCUUCCCCCUGGCCAUCCAGCCUCUGUUACGAGUCAGGGAACUGCCAGUAAAUGCCCCUUCCUAGCAGCUCAGAUGAACCAAGGAACCAGCAACGUCUUCCGGAAGGCCAGUUUAGAACUUCAAGAGGAUGUACACGAAAUGCAGGCUGUGAGGAAAGAAGUUGCUCAAACUCCAAUUAAUCCUGCUGUGAUUAAUCUCAAGACUGGUAGAGAAGACCCGAAUGGUUUGCUAAAGAAUUUUCAGGAUCUCAUGCAAAAGCAAAGACCAGAAAGGGUAUCCCAUCUCCUUCAGGACAACUUGCCAAAAUCUGUUUCCACUUUUCAGUAUGAUCGUUUCUUUGAGAAAAAAAUUGACGAGAAAAAAAGUGAUCAUACUUACCGAGUGUUUAAAACCGUGAACCGGAAGGCACACAUAUUCCCAAUGGCAGAUGACUACACGGAUUCUCUUGUUACUAAAAAGCAAGUGUCUGUCUGGUGUAGCAACGACUACCUAGGAAUGACUCGUCAUCCUCGGGUGUGUGGGGCAGUCAUGGAAACAUUAAAAUAACACGGUGCUGGAGCAGGUGGUACUAGAAAUAUUUCUGGAACUAGUAAAUUUCAUGUUGAUCUGGAACGAGAAUUGGCUGACCUCCACGGCAAAGAUGCAGCAUUACUGUUUUCAUCCUGCUUUGUCGUUAAUGACUCCACCCUCUUCACUUUGGCCAAGAUGAUGCCAAGCUGUGAAAUUUAUUCUGAUUCUGGGAACCAUGCCUCCAUGAUCCAAGGAAUUCGUAAUAGCAGAGUGCCAAAGUAUAUAUUUCGCCAUAAUGAUGUAAGCCACCUCAGAGAGCUGCUAAAGAAAUCAGUCCCUAAGAUUGUUGCAUUUGAAACUGUCCACUCGAUGGAUGGAGCAGUAUGUCCAUUGGAAGAACUGUGUGAUGUGGCCCAUGAAUAUGGGGCAAUCACCUUUGUGGAUGAAGUCCAUGCUGUGGGAUUAUAUGGUGCUCGACGAGGUGGGAUAGGUGAUCGUGAUGGAAUCAUGCACAAAAUGGACAUCAUUUCUGGAACCCUGGGCAAAGCCUUUGGUUGUGUUGGGGGCUACAUCGCCAGCACAAGUUCUUUAAUAGACACUGUGCGAUCCUAUGCUGCUGGCUUCAUCUUCACAACUUCCCUCCCCCCAAUGCUUCUGGCCGGCGCCCUCGAAUCGGUCCGCAUCUUAAAGAGCGCUGAAGGUCAAGCCCUUCGCCGGCAGCACCAGCGCAAUGUCAAACUCAUGAGACAGAUGCUGAUGGACUCCGGGCUCCCUGUGGUUCACUGCCCCAGUCACAUCAUUCCAGUCCGGGUGGCAGAUGCUGCUAAAAAUACAGAGGUCUGUGAUGAACUCAUGAGCAAACAUAACAUCUACGUCCAAGCCAUCAACUACCCCACAGUCCCCCGGGGAGAAGAGCUGCUUCGCAUCGCACCGACCCCGCACCACACUGCACAGAUGAUGAACUAUUUCCUGGAGAACCUUCUGGAUACUUGGAAAGCUGUUGGGCUGGACCUGAAGCCUCACUCCUCGGCAGAGUGUAACUUCUGUAGUAGACCCCUACACUUUGAAGUCAUGAGCGAGAGAGAGAAAGCCUACUUCCAGGGCAUGAGCAAACUGGUUUCUGUCAGUGCCUGAAUCCGACCUCCUUAUCUCUACCUGCUGUCCCCCAGUCUCCU